AUGACACUUGUUCUCGACGACAUUCACAAACCGCUCGCCGUAUUUGCCAACCAACCCGAAUCCCAAUGUUACAUCAAAAGCAUCAGAAAUUUGGGUGAGGCAUGGCGCAAGCUUUCUGAUAAGCCUCUCGCAGAGUGUGAUAAAAAUACCAUCUUUCUGGAAACCACCUUUGGCUUAAAUAUUAGAUUCACCCCUGAUGAAGUUGAGAUCUCUGUGGCCGGAGUCAUAGAGUCCACGGAAUCCAUUGUUUCUCAGAAGCCGUCAAUGUCUACUGAAUCAGGCAUCGGAUUGCAAACAUCAAUGCAACAGUCAACAAAAGACCCAUCGUUUGUCACUGAGUCAGAAGAGGAAAAACAAGAGUCGUCUGUGCCAAACACAGUCACGAAAUUGCAAACACCGGACGUUAACAGGGGACCAACUGCAACGACUACAAGGCCGCGGCGCUAUCGAAUCAGCUAUGACUGGGGAAUCGGACAUCUGUGGCGGGACUACAAUGAUUUGGAGUCCGAGUAUGAUGGCGUCACCCACAUGGAAGUAGAAGAUCUCCUUGGAUCAGGCUCAUUUCCCCUAUCAGUCAUGGAGCUAUAUCUUGCCUGGUCAAACACAUAUAACGACACGUUCAAAACCAGGUGA